CAAGAAAGCUGACAGACAUCGCUGUAAGAAGCAAGAAGUGAGCUGUUGUAUAUCAUACGAAAUCCGUGCUGUUAUAAAGUGGUUAGCCAAGAAGAAGGAAGAUGCUUUCUCCGCGGGUCCUGAAGUCUGCAUCGUCCUUAAUGUGCAGAGGGUUUUCCAUGGGUCAAAUGUGCCGACAAGGGAAGGCACCUGAUAUGGCUGAGGGAAACACAUUUUUACUUGUGAGCAAUGUUCGCAACAGGCUGAGGGAGAUAGUUGGAGCAUCUACCAACUGGAAAGACCAUAAGCAAGCAUUAACUGAGCGUGCAUCACUAAGCCAGUAUCUUGCUCAGAGUCAGGAUGAACUGCCUGCAAAGACAAUGAAGGACAGUGCAAUCGAGGCUCAUCUUCCUCUGGGUACCCAGCCUGCCUUGAGAGAAAAAUAUCUAAACUAUCACAACAGUGUCAGAUUUGGAAGAAUUUUGGAGGACUUGGACAGUUUAGCAGUGCUCAUCUGUUACUCUCACACAUGGAAUAAGGAGCUGAAAAGAUCUCCACUGUCUAUUGUCACCGCCCUAGUGGACAAGAUCGACAUGAGAAAAAACAUCAUCUACCCAGACUGUGACAUCAAGUUCACAGGUCAUGUGACAUGGGUUGGCAAAACCUCAAUAGAAGCUAAAAUGCACAUGUCUCAGUAUCACAAUGGGACUUACACAGAUGUAUUAGAUGCCACGUUUGUAAUGGUGGCUCGAGAUCCUGAAAACAAAAGGGCAGCUUUUAUAAACCCAUUGAUACCAGAAGGACCAGAAGAAGAGGCCAUUUUUCAACAGGGUGAAAUUAACAAGAAGAGGCGUGUGGAGCUGAGCACAGCCUCUCUUCUUAAAGUGGCCCCUACAGCUGAGGAGAGGACUCUCGUUCACAACCUGUUCCUCAACACUCUAGACUCAAGAACUGUUAGCUUUCGAAGUCGGAUUUUACCGCCUAACUCAUUGUGGAUGGAAGAUGCCAAAAUGAAAGGGCUUGAGAUCUGCCACCCACAAGAAAGAAAUAUCUUUAACCGGAUAUUUGGAGGAUUUUUGAUGAGAAAGGCUUAUGAACUCGGUUGGGCCAAUGCUUGUGCAUUUGCUGGAUGCAGACCAACGCUGGUGGCUGUCGAUGAUAUCUUAUUUCGGAAGCCAGUAGAAAUUGGUUCUUUGCUAUUGCUUUCCUCACAGGUUUGCUACACAGAAGAGAUGCACGUCCAGGUCAGGGUUCACACAGAGGUGCUUGACCCAUUGACCCGGCAGCACAGCACCACCAAUGUGUUUCACUUCACCUUUCAUGUUGAGAAGGAGGUCCCAUCUGUUGUACCACAGAGCUAUGGAGAGUCUAUGCUUUACCUGGAUGGAAAGAGGCACUUUGAUGAGACGAUGAGGACCCAAAUUUGAGCAUUCCAAGAUGUGCUGAUAGGAUGAGAUUCCUGCCAAAGCUACAGUGACGGUCUCAGCUGUAGUUACAUGACAAUUUGUAUGUGUGGAUUCAGCUUUUAUAAUUUUAGUUCGUCAUUUUAUAUUUAUAUAUUUUAUUACUCGCUGCAUUUUACAUGAAUGUAAUAUAUUAUUUUUUAAACAAUUUCAAGCUUACAUUGGGAGAGGACAUUUUAGGAAAUGGUGUGUUUAGCUGUUUAGGGGUGUUUUUUUAUGCAGGCAUAUAUCAAUUGUUGUACUGUUGCAACCUAUUUAGUCAUUGAGACUUACAUCAGACCAUGUUUUAUUGGCACUAGAAUGACAUUUAUGAGGAGAGAGGACUUUAAAGACUCUUCAACCAAGUGAUUUUGGUUGUACAGGUCCAAUUGACCUGUUUUGUAGUGUUACUGAUCUAAAUCCUGCCGGAGCAAUUCAUGAACAACCGAGAUUUAUGCACAAACUCGGAGUAUAAAUCCAGUCUUCCUUCCUUGCUCUCUUCAAAAGGAAACAAGGAGAUCCUAAACUGGAGAUCAAAUAACUCCAAAAACUUUACCUUACACAUCUGUCCUAGAG